GUAGGGAUAAGGCUGGGAAGGAAAGAGCUGAGAUCCAUGGAAUGGUUGACGAUACUCUGAAAACACAAAGCAUCCACCGGGUUUCAGUUCCCGUAUCGCGUCCUCUGUGCUCGCUUCGUUGAUAGCCGUGCUGGUGAUACACCGUGAAGGUAUCUGCAUGUGCUUUAUCCUCUCUCGCGCGACGCUUAAACCGGACUGUGAUAAAGAAGAAGAGAAAGAAAGCAGCAUGGCGGUGUAAUUCUUCUGUACUUGAAUAUAUAUCGCGAAGACUAUGUUUCUGCGGGCAUUAUGUUGGCUGAAUAUUUUAACGGUUUCAGUUUUAUGCCGAAACGAGGGAAACGCUGACAAAAGUGGCUGGAGCUUCGAUCCAAAUACACAGUAUCACAUUCAGACGGAUGAGGGUCCCGAAAGGCACUUCCGUUUCCAGACGCUAAACGGACAAUACAGAAAAGAGAAGAGGCUAGUGGAUGGCACAGUUAUCGGAACGGAGGGCUGGCUAGAUCCUCUCGGAUACCUGCGUCUUAAGGACUACGUAGCCGAUAGCAACGGAUUUCGAAUAGUAAGAUCGAAAAUGGUGUACGUGGGUAAAGACAGGCCUAUCUAUGAUGCCAUGGCGGAGGCGAAGAGGGUACCUGCUCAGAAUGGACUCAUCGUGGAUCCACCACGACCACCAAAUCCUUUCAGACAAUGGAAAGGAAACAAUGUGGCUCCUCUGCUUGGGAACGACAUAAACUCUAACUAUUACGUCAGUACCACUGCCAGUCCCAGAGUGGACGUCACCCCUAUAUCUAGUUCGAACAAUGAUUACUACAGCCCAAAUCAAAGAAGAUUUUCUCCUGGCCAACGAAAUUAUUACAACGCUCUACAACGACCUCGAGACGGGGCUGGCGCUCCUCCUUACGAUCACUCGAACAAGAAUCUUCGACUAUCGACACCAGUUUCUCAAAGUGGCUCAGCGGAUUACCCUCCAUACGAUGGAACCCACACUGUCGCCAACGGAUUCCAGUAUUACCUGAAGAGGCAGUACCACGAGGAGGAACAGGAUGCGACAGGAGACAACGUUGGCUCCUUCGGUUACAUCGAUCCAUUCGGCAUCAGAAGAGUAAUUUAUUACAAGACGGAUCAAAACAACGGUUUCGUUCAUCAGAAAAAUAAUAAAUACGUUGGUUUCGGGGCGACCCCUUACGACCCCUCGUCGACUGGUUUAUACAGACAGAGAUCGAGAAGAUAUUCAAAGUCAUAAGCUUGUUAAAAUUUGUUUUACUCGUAGUUGUUAGCAGUAGGUGCCAUGUUUGACUAUUUUAUUAUUUAUAAGGUUCGGUAAUAUUUAAAAUUUCGCAAAUCUAAAUAAAUACGCGAGCUUUGCGCGAGUAACGCGCACUGUAAUCCUAUCAAAAUAAAUUAAGGAACAACGACGGACGGUUAACGAGUCCACCGAAUGGGAAGCAUGAACGACGAUCCAUUUUAGUGUAAUUGGACGAAGCUUUUUAUCGCUAUGUUUAUUAUAUUAACGAAACGUAUUUUUACACUGUUAAAUAUAUUGCACGCGUAGGUAUGUAUACUUUAUAAGGAAAAGUAUUUCAUAAAUUAAGUGUUGUAAUUCUACACACAUUUUAUACACAAUACGUCCAUGGUCUAUUUCUGUAAUAGUCGUAAUGUAAGUAAUCCCAUUUUAAAGUGCUAUAGGGUACCACCUGGAAUAUUUCCGUUGUGUUUAAUAGUACAAAAGACUCUGUGAGGAAGAAAUUAUUCGCUUCAAAGACACGAAUAUUACGAAUAAAUAUACUUAUGUUUAA